GGGACACCGUCCUUCCUGGUGUGGGUGUGGACACAGAUGACUACACAAAUAAUGGAGGAGAAGCUUCAGAAGUCUGUCUCUUGAAUUUAGUUGUACAUUUAAGUAGUUUGCCCUCCUUUUUUUGCUUUUUGGUUGAGACUUUUAGCUGGCAUGCUGUGCCAGGAUGGGAAAUCUUUUUGGAAAAAAGAAACAAACCCGAGUGACAGAACAAGACAAAGCGAUUUUGCAACUCAAACAGCAAAGAGAUAAGCUCAGGCAGUAUCAAAAGAAGAUCAAUGUGCAGCUGGAGAAGGAGAGGCUUCUGGCCAAACAGCUGCUGAAGGAUGGCAAAAAAGAGAAAGCUCUCCUCUUGCUGAAGAAGAAACGCUAUCAAGAUCAACUCUUGGACAAGACAGAGAACCAGAUAAGCAACCUGGAGCAUAUGGUUCAAGACCUGGAGUUCGCCCAGAUCGAAAGGAAAGUCAUCGAUGGACUGAAAGUUGGAAAUGAAUGCCUGAAGAAAAUGCAUGAGGUGAUGUCAAUUGAAGAAGUAGAACGGAUUAUGGAUGAAACUCAAGAUGCCAUUGAGUACCAAAGGCAAAUUGACGACAUGCUGGCCGGCUCCUUAUCUCAGGAGGAUGAAGAUGCUGUGCUGGCUGAACUGGAGGCAAUAACUCAGGGAGAUGUCGAGCUUCCUGAGGUCCCUUCAGACAAACUGCCCGAAGUUCCAGAGGCCUCGGAGGAGCAACCAGAGCGGGAGCGUCCCAAGAAGAAACCGGAGCGAGAGGCGCUUGCUUUGUAGGAGCACGACUGAGGACCUUCAGCCGACAGCAGCUGGCUGCUCAAAGACCCAAAGACGGCAGCCAGUCUCAGAUAACCGGGCCUCCUCCACCCCAUCCAGUGGCUGCUUCUCCUCAUGGGCUGCAGGUUCACACGUGAAGUGAGUCAGGACCGGUUCACUGCAGUCACAAAUGCUGAUUUGAACCAUGAAGACCUGUGAGAUCAGAUAAUCGUGCCUAACCUUUGUUUGAUUAGUUCUCUGUGUUUACCAUCAGUCAUUUGACAGACAAUGACCUAAAGCUAUGUAUAUAUGUCAUUUUAAUUCCUCCCUCUAAAUUUCUUCACCUGAUGGGUAAUGUUUUUAAAGAGCCAGUUCACCCAAAUUACAGAAACACACAUUUACCUCAGUGCAUCCAGUUCUGUGCUGCCAUGCUUUUUUUGCUUUACAGCUGCAGUAAAUCCAGCUGAGAUUAAAUUGCUUUUUUCCUGCUAUAGAAUUUAUAUAUGUUCUGUCGUUUGUCCUGUGAGGGAGGGGUUAAAAUGCAGAAGAGACGUUAUGAUGGUGCUGUGAUCUGGCGAUCUGAUCCACCUUCCUGUCAUCGUGUUUGCCCUCUGUGUGCUCACCAGUAACUGAUACCUGUACAGCCUGAGCAAGUUGGAGUAAAUGGAGUAAAUGGUCUACCCUUAUGACCUAAACACAUAAAACAAAGUGGCGGAGGAGUUAAUUUCCAACUUUCACCAUGAACAGAGCCUCCUUCACAUAUGGCAUCACAUUAUUUACCCUAACAUUUGCCUGGCUCUUUACUUUCUUUGAUAUAUAUAUCGUUCUACUAAUGCACUCAGCCUGUUUUUAUCUGUGUAAAAUCUCCCACUCGGCCUCCCUGCAACAAACGCACACAGCUGGUGAAACAAAAACUUGAGGAAAGCAAAACAAGCAUCUCUGCAAACAUACAGUUACAUAAACUUAAACUCACACCAUCUGACAGAAACACCCUGCUCCUGUUUUCUCUCAUUUUCAGAUGAUGGAUCAGUGAUCAGUGAAUGUAAUAAUAGAGAAACAAGCCUGGGAAGCUAUUGCCAACAGCUCUGACCAUCACUGGUCUCUGACAAGUUCACAUAGAGACAUUUUUCUCCCAUCUAAUAACUUAUUUGUGAUUGCAAAAAGGGAUGAUUAGAUCUAAUUUCUGCUAGUUUUUAAAAAUCUUUGCUUAUAAAACAUUUAGCAACAGGAUCGAGGGGUAAGUUGUUUUUCUUGUGAUUUGAGUGAACUGAUCCUUUAAAGCAGGUAUAACAGAAACAUAACAUUUUCUCUGUCUUUGGUGUCUUUCUCUUACCGUAAAGGCCUUCUCUUUGCCUGGCUUUGCUUUCUGAGUUACUCAACCCACCCUAAAGUACCCCCCAAAAAAUACAAAACAAAGAAAACUAUUUGCAUCAGUUUUACAGAAUAUUCUCUCAGUCUGACCCCUUUUCAAGCAGCUUAACUAAUCUAAUUCCUUGCUCCCCUUGUGGAUUAGUUCAGUGUCAUUGGAGAAAGGGCUAAUCAUAUCGUCUGUGGGCUUACCUCUGACGCCCAGACAACAGCUGGUAAUCUCUUCAAGGUAAUAACUUGACAGAACCUGGGGCUUUACCCAUCAAGUAUUAUCAAAACUAAUUAUUUCAGUGUGUGCGUAUGAUGCUUUAGAUUUUCUUACAUAUUCAUUUUAAAGUGGAGCAAGAAGGGUGGCCUAGAUCCAGAAGGCUUAAAGCUUGUGCAUCUUUGAAGAUCCAGCUAACUAAUCUGUAAAUCAGUUAAUCUCACAGACAGAAACACUGAUGACUAAUACUGACAGGCUGUGAUUCGUCAGUCCUGCUGCAAACUGCUUGUCUUAAAAUGGCCUCAGAAAUUGUACCUCUAUAUAUUCUUUUUACAAUAAAAGUGUUUUUUUUUUUUUUUUU